GGACCCAGAGGGGCUUUGACGUCAGCUCAGCUUAUAAGAGGCUGCUGGGCCAGGGCUGUGGAGACGGGGCCCGGACCUCCACACUGAGCCAUGCCCACCCCCGACGCCACCACACCACAGGCCAAGGGCUUCCGCAGGGCUGUGUCUGAGCUGGAUGCCAAGCAGGCAGAGGCCAUCAUGGUAAGAGGGCAGUCCCCGCGGUUCAUUGGGCGACGGCAGAGCCUCAUCGAGGACGCCCGCAAGGAGCGGGAGGCAGCGGUGGCAGCAGCAGCUGCUGCAGCCCCCUCGGAGCCUGGGGACCCCCUGGAGGCCGUGGCCUUUGAGGAAAAGGAGGGGAAGGCGGUGCUAAACCUGCUCUUCUCCCCGAGGGCCACCAAGCCCUCAGCGCUGUCCCGAGCUGUGAAGGUAUUUGAGACGUUUGAAGCCAAAAUCCACCACCUAGAGACCCGGCCCACCCAGAGGCUGCAAGCUGGGGGUCCCCACCUGGAGUACUUUGUGCGCCUCGAGGUGCCCCGAGGGGACCUGGCCGCCCUGCUCAGUGGUGUGCGCCAGGUGUCAGAGGACGUGCGCAGCCCCGCGGAGCCCAAGGUCCCUUGGUUCCCAAGAAAAGUGUCAGAGCUGGACAAGUGUCAUCACCUGGUCACCAAGUUUGACCCUGACCUGGACUUGGACCACCCGGGCUUCUCGGACCAGGUGUACCGCCAGCGCAGGAAGCUGAUUGCUGAGAUCGCCUUCCAGUACAGGCACGGCGACCCGAUUCCCCGUGUGGAGUACACCGACGAGGAGAUUGCCACCUGGAAGGAGGUCUACACCACGCUGAAGGGCCUCUACGCCACGCACGCCUGCGGGGAGCACCUGGAGGCCUUCGCUCUGCUGGAGCGCUUCAGCGGCUACCGGGAGGACAACAUUCCCCAGCUGGAGGAUGUCUCCCGCUUCCUGAAGGAGCGCACGGGCUUCCAGCUGCGGCCUGUGGCUGGCCUGCUGUCCGCCCGGGACUUCCUGGCCAGCCUGGCCUUCCGCGUGUUCCAGUGCACCCAGUAUAUCCGGCACGCGUCCUCGCCCAUGCACUCCCCUGAGCCGGACUGCUGCCACGAGCUGCUGGGGCACGUGCCCAUGCUGGCCGACCGCACUUUCGCGCAGUUCUCCCAGGACAUCGGCCUGGCAUCCCUGGGGGCCUCGGAUGAAGAAAUUGAGAAGCUGUCCACGCUGUACUGGUUCACCGUGGAGUUUGGGCUGUGCAAACAGAACGGGGAGGUGAAGGCCUAUGGCGCCGGGCUGCUGUCCUCCUAUGGGGAGCUCCUGCACUGCCUGUCUGAGGAGCCCGAGAUUCGAGCCUUCGACCCUGAAGCAGCGGCCGUGCAGCCCUACCAAGACCAGACGUACCAGUCAGUCUACUUUGUGUCUGAGAGCUUCAGCGACGCCAAGGACAAGCUCAGGAGCUAUGCCUCACGCAUCCAGCGCCCCUUCUCCGUGAAGUUCGACCCGUACACCCUGGCCAUCGACGUGCUGGACAGCCCCCAGGCCGUGCGGCGCUCCCUGGAGGGUGUCCAGGAUGAGCUGGACACCCUGGCCCAUGCGCUGAGUGCCAUUGGCUAGGUGCAGGGCACCCCCGAGGGCCCUUCCCAACCUCCCCUGGUCCUGCACUGUCCUGGAGCUCAGGUCCUGGUGAGGGGCUGGGUCCCGGGUGCCCCCCAUGCCCUCCCUGCUGCCAGGCUCCCGCUGCCCCCGCACCUGCUUCUCAGCGCAACAGCUGUGUGUGCCCGUGGUGAGGUUGUGCUGCCUGUGGUGAGGUCCUGUCCUGGCUCCCAGGGUCCUGGGGGCUGCCGCGCUACCCUCCGCCCUUCCCUGACACCGUCUGCUGCCCCAGUCGCCAUCACAAUAAAAGAAAGUGUGGUCUCUACAGUUGCCUGGCCCCACGUCUGUGCCACAGAGACAGGCCUGGGAUCCCCAGGCUCCCACACCCCGCCCCAGCCUCAUGCAGGGGUUUCGCCCUGGCCUCCUUCCUCCUCUGGGAGAUGGCUGGCCACCCUGGCCAGGGAGCUGGCCCCUCCGGGCCUGGUUUCCCUGUUAACCCUGAGGCCCCACCCAGCGCUGAGCCCCCAGCAGCUCCAGAGGCUCGGGCACCCUGGCUGAACUGCCCCAUCUCUGUGGGGUGCCCUCCCAGGGUGGGGGGCCAGGUGACAGUGGGAGGACCUCUCUCAGGCCUGGCAGGGAGCAGGGUCACAACCGUGCUGGCUGGGGGUGGUCUCAGAGGUGGGCCUGCAGGCCUAACCCUCCCUGCUGACGGGGCUCCCAGCCCUUGAGAGGAACGGGGAUGGAGGAACAGCUGCCCCAAAGCCGUCGCCCACCCGCAGCAGGCUCUGCAAACCAAGGGGGAGCCUCAGCGUGGCCCCCAGCACACAUACUGAUGGGGAGGGUCCGGCUGAGCUGGUGCCCAGGCAGAUGGUCUGGGCCUGUCUCCCCAGCGAGGCAGGCGGGGACUGGAUUUCAGACUCUAAGAUGCCCCUGGCUUACCCGAGGGGCCUGGACGUUGCCCUCCAGAGAGAGCACCUAACACCCUCCAGCCGUGACCGGCCAGGGCGCCCCCUUCCUACCUUGGAGAGAGCAGCCCCAGGGCAUCCUGCAGAGUGGCUGGGACAUCAGCUGGCCUUCAAGGCCUCUCCCUCCCUCCAGCUGCCCUACCACACUCUGCUGGGAUCCUGGCUUGCAGCUCCCAGGGCCAACAACCCGGGCAAACUCCUACUCAUCCGUGAAGGCCCUCCCGGGCACGGCAGUCCUUCCCAGCCUGGCAGUCUGUUCCUCACACACCUUGUCAGUGCCCAGCCCCUGAAGUUGCACCUGGGGGUGUUUCUGAAGGGCUGUGAGCCUCAAGGACGCCCUGGGAAAGUGCCUGCCUUGCCUGCCCCCAGCCCUGCCAACCCCUGGCUCUGCCCUCCCACCUGGGUCCCCCCGAUCCAGCCUCCCUCCUUACACACCCCUCUUAAGGAGGCACCCAUGUCUUCUCCCGCUGCUGGGCCUCAGAGCACGGUGGCGUCCUGGGGCAGCCCCUGCAUGUCCUGCUGUGGCAUGGCUUGGGGUGGAAAGGGCAGAAGGGAGGGGCCCUACAGACAGCUGGUGCCCACUACCAAACCUGCUCGGGGCAGGAGAGCCUAAGGCUGGGUGUGUGCGGGGCGGCCUCGAGAGGUUCCGAGGCUGAGGCCAGGGUGGGACAUAGGGAUGGGAGGGGCCAGCGCACACGAUGCUCCAACCUGCCUGCCCCCAUGGUCUCGCUCUCCUGCUGCUGGGACCUCCUGAUCCUGCCCGUGGUGCUAAGAGGCAGGUAGGGGCUGCGGGCAGCAAGGCUCGGAGCCCAUGCCCCCUCACCAUGGGUCAGGCUGGGCCUCCAGGUGUCUGUCCUGGGGGGCUGGGAGGGCCGGAGGGGUGCACCCCAGGGGCUCAGCCCAGAUGACACUAUGGGAGUGAUGGGAUCGUGGGGCCUGGCCAGGAGAGGGAAGAUGGGCAGGGGCUCCCAGAAGAGGAGUGGGGGCUGAGAGGGUGCUUGGGGAGCCUGGAUGGAGCUGGGCCGGCGCACAGCCUCCUAUACCUGCCCGUGGAGUCCUGCCACCAGCCCCAGAUCACAUGGAAGAUGAGGUCCGGGUGGCCUGCUGGGGACUCGCUGUUCGUCCCCGGGUCCCUGGGUUGUGCCCUCCUUCUGCCACCCUGGGGAGCUGAGGGCCUCACCUGGGGCUGCUGUCCUAAGGCGGGUGGGAACUGGGCAGGGAGGGGACCCUCCCUCACUCCCCCAUCCCCGCCACCUUGGCCCAUCCAUGGGGGCAUCUUGGGCAACCAGGGACUGAGAACAGGGGUCCCGAGGACAGGGGGUCUGGGGACUGUGGUGCAAAGAGCCCUGCCCUGCAGCCCCAGCUCUCCUGGUGUAAUGUGGAAAGUGGGCCGGGGAGGGCUUUGCUCUGCUGGAGACAUUUGCCCCCAGCUGCGAGCAGGGAACAGGCCUGGCCACCAGGCCCCUGGUUAAGACUCUAAUGACCCGCUGGCCCUGAGGAAGAGGUGCUGACGACCAAGAUCUUCCCACAGACCCAGCACCAGGGAAAUGAUCUGGAAAUUGCAGCCUCAGCCCCCAGCCAUCUGCUAACCCCCCAACCCCAGGCCCUAAUGGGCCGGCAGCAGGGGUUGGCAGGCUGGGGAGAUGGGCUCUGAGACUAUAAAGCCAGUGGGAGCCCAGCAGCCCUCAACCCUCCGGGACGGCUGCAUCAGAAGAGGCCAGCAAGCAGGUCUGUUCCAAGGGCCUUCGCGUCAGGUGGGCUCAGGGCUGCCCCACUUGGGGGUUCCAGGGUGGCUGGACCCCAGGCCCCAGCUCUGCAACAGGGAGGACAUGGCUGGGCUCUUGAAGCGUUUGAGGGUGAACCCAGGGGCCCCAGGGCAGGGCACCUGGCCUUCAGCUGGCCUCAGGCCUGCCUGUCUCCCAGGUCACUGUCCUUCCGCCAUGGCCCUGUGGAUGCGCCUCCUGCCUCUGCUGGCGCUGCUGGCCCUCUGGGGACCUGACCCGGUCCCGGCCUUUGUGAACCAGCACCUGUGCGGCUCCCACCUGGUGGAAGCCCUCUACCUGGUGUGCGGGGAGCGAGGCUUCUUCUACACGCCCAAGACCCGCCGGGAGGCAGAGGACCCGCAGGUGGGGCAGGUAGAGCUGGGCGGGGGCCCUGGCGCAGGCAGCCUGCAGCCCUUGGCGCUGGAGGGGUCCCUGCAGAAGCGCGGCAUCGUGGAGCAGUGCUGCACCAGCAUCUGCUCCCUCUACCAGCUGGAGAACUACUGCAACUAGAUGCAGCCCGCAGGCGGCUCACACCCUCCACCUCCUGCACCAAGAGAGAUCGAAUAAAGCCCUUGAACUAGC